GCUCAAAGGAGGCGUGUCCGCGUGCACGCCACGGUCCUGCCGCACUGAGUAUCGGGUCUGUCCUCUUUGUCAUGCUAAACUGACCGGACGGAGAGAGAGGGAGAGAGCAUCAUUCUCCUCCUGAGACUUCUUCUUCAAUGGGACUUUAAAUAAAGGGUGCACUGUUUGUCUGGGUGAAUCUUUUUUUCACUUCAACCACCCAGAAGAGUUGAAUCGCAUGAGGAACAUGCUGCCAGAAAAGACUGCAGGUCCUGCGCUGUCCCUCAAUACGGAUACAACAAAGUUCCAUUCCAAUGGCGGCUCAUUGGUUGGAUCCAGCCUCCGCGGCACACGGUCCAAGGCAGAGCUUCAGGAGUUGAUGGAGAGCCUGCAGCGGAGGAAAUCUGCUCUGGAGGCCAGCUUAAAGGCUACUGCUGACCGUGGGUACCUCACAUUAUCUCCACCUCCCAGCCCACAGUCGGCUUCUUCCUAUCUACAGGACCGUCCACCACUUUCAAUACGAGUCCCUUCCCCUUACUCACCCUCCAGUAGUUUGAGCAUGCCGCCAUCUCCCCACCAAUCAGAGCGCCCUAUAAGUCCAGUCCCAAACCAAACCCGUGCCAGACACCAAUCGCAGGACAGCCUGUUGCUUUGCCACUCUUCAGAAGGGCGGCAUCCCAACUCUUCAAACCCACUCUUAACUAUGUGGAAUGGCUCUUCAUCCUCCUACGGGAACGAUGCUCUUCUUUCAUCUCGCAGAGGUCCAAGCGGGGCGGCCAGCAUGCCCUCCAGCCCUCGUUUGGGGCGCCGUUUGUUAGCACGAGAUGGCGAGUCCCCCAUUGAACCAUCACUUCGCCAAAGAAAAUACUCCACCGGCUCUUUGAAUGGCCUGGGCGGACAUAGUCGCUCUCUGCCCCGGUUGUAUCGAGGAGACGCCCCAAUGCUGUCUUUGCCACCCCGACGUACCACCAAACCACGGCGCAGCUUUCCAUCCAUGGAGAAGCCUCCAGAUGUGACUGUGAUUGCCAAUGUGAACAGCAGCUCACGGAGGGCCAGCCUCUGCUCUGUGGGAUCUGCCCCAUGCUUGGAUCUGGGCGUUGGAGAAAGGCGACUGUCGUUUGGGAAAGGAGGCCUGGGGCCCGGCAUGGGGCCGAGGAGGGGCAGCAUCAGCUCUCUCAGUGGAAAAGAGGAGCUCAGAGAUUACCAUCAGAGACAAAGAGAUGAGCGACUACGAGAACAGGAAGUGGAGCGACUGGAGCGUCAGCGUCUGGAGACCAUCCUGUGCCUGUGCUCUGAGCUGGGACGCACUGAAGUGAGUCGCAUGGAGAGCGAGCCGAACACCUCUGCUGUUUCAGACCUGCAGAAGAUCAACCGAGAGCUGGAGAAGCUUCAGGUGUCGGACGAUGAGUCGGUGUUCUCUGAGUCUGCCUCUGUGUCUGUGGACGGAGGAGUGUUUCUGGGUAAAAGUCGAGGAGAGAUACUGAACCAGAGACAGCGCAGAGUCAGCGGACACAGAGAGAGCAGGCCUCAGUCUCCCAGCAGCAGUAUGAGGAGCACAGCACCCUCCCCAUCACCACACCUCCGCUGCAAGGUGUCAGAAGACAUGCAGCUGAGGCAGGAAGUGACACGGAUAGAAGAGGAGAGGAUUCAGGUGCUCAACAACAUUGAGGAACUUGAACAGAAGAUCAGAGAUCUGGACACCCAGAUGGACGAGUCAAUCAGAGAGAUGGAAGUGGAGAGAGCACUUUUAGAUGGCGAGCAGGAGGCAGAAGUGACUCAACUACAGAGUGAUAAAGAAAUGCUGGAGCAGCUCAACGAAAAAAUGGGCAACAUGGAGAAGAACUCUCAAAGGAAUCAAACUCAGGACAAAGCCCUGUUGGAGGCUGAGAGAGAUAAAGUAGAGAGGCUAGCUGAGCUGAUCUCAGAACAGAAGACCCAGCUGGACUCCUGUCCUGAAGCACUGAAGGAGCAGCUCCAGAAUCAGCUGUCCAGGCUCUGGAAAAACCGUUUGUUCUUGUUGGACACUGAAGCUUUGGAAGCGGAGAAGAAGCGCUUUGAAGAUAUGGAGUUUCAGCAGCUGGAGAAGGAGAGCUGUCAAGAUGAAGAGACGGAGUCGCAGAUGCAGCAGCUCCUCAGAGAGAUCGCAGAAUACCAGAGAUCAGUCGUCUCUCGCAAGGAGAGGCUACUUACCCUGAAGAAGCAGUCGACUCAGAUUACCCAGCAGGCACAGCGGGAGAAGGAGAACUUCUUGAAGGAGAAGAGCAACCUCAUUUAUAUGCUGCAAAGAGAACGAGAGAACCUUUCGUCUCUGGAAAGGAAGUACGCUGAGCUGACAGGUGGACAGGCGUUUCCUCUUAACCCUGUGUCCAUGAAGGAGCACUUUCGCACACUGGAGGAGAGGAGACGGAGCAACGGCAUUAAAGAGGGCGGAGUUCUGCUGAGUGACAACGGAACGCCCCGUAAAAGAGAAAGGCAGAGCUCUGGAACUCUAAACUCUGCCCUUAAUCGCAGUCUGUCUCCCAAGGUCAGACAACAGAUACGCCACAUAGGAAAACCUCAUAUGCCACUGUCUCAGAGCUCUAGCUGUGGCAGCGUCCUUCCCCGCACACUGUCAGUUAACUCUCGAGACCUGGACACCCGACGCCUGCUUAAGGCUGCAGGUCAGCUGUAUCUCAAUGACGAGAGGCAGAGGAUGAGCGAAAUGUCCAACAGGGCCGUUUCUGAGACAAAUGUCUUCCUGGAGCCGUUUCACUACCUGGAUAAUGGACACAACUUUGACACAAUGAGUGUGGACAGUACAGAGAGCCUGGAGACCAGCAUUUCCGCAUGUUCACCAGACAACAUCUCCAGCGCCAGCACAGCUAAUAUGGCAAAGAUAGAGGAGAUGGAGCGCAUGCUGAGAGAAGCUCAAGCUGAGAAGCACAGGCUGCUGGAGCACAGGGAGCGAGACAUGGAGCUGCGCAGACAGGCUCUGGAGGACGAGAGGAGAAGAAGAGAAGAGCUGGAGAGAAGACUGCAGGAGGAGACCAGCAGAAGACAGAAACUAGUGGAGAGAGAGUCUCGUCCGCUGACUCGGUAUCUGCCGGUAAGGAAGGAUGAAUUCGACCUGCGAGGACACAUCGAGGCGGCCGGACACCAUCCAGAGACCUGCUUUCAUCUGGCCAUCACUGAGAAGACCUGCAGGGGCUUCCUGGUCAAGAUGGGAGGCAAAAUCAAAACCUGGAAGAAGCGCUGGUUCGUCUUUGACCGUAAUCGUCGGACACUGGCAUAUUAUGCUGAUAAACACGAGACCAAAAUGAAGGGUGUUAUUUAUUUCCAAGCCAUUGAAGAAGUGUAUUACGACCACUUGAAGAACGCACACAAGAGCCCGAACCCCUCUCUGACGUUCAGUGUGAAGACACAUGACCGUGUUUAUUACAUGGUGGCUCCUUCCCCAGAGGCCAUGAGGAUCUGGAUGGACGUUAUCGUCACUGGAGCCGAGGGAUAUACACACUUCCUACUGUGAGCCGGACUCGUCUUUGUUUAACAAACAUUUAACAAGCCCAAAGUGACCUUCACAGUUCAGCUCGGCCUGUUGAAAGGAUCUCAUUUUUCACAUCAGCCUUACUGGAGAGAGGUUACACUUUUAUGAUCCUCUUUCUAUCAGGAUAGAUCGUCGACUGAACGUUUUUCCAGUCAUCCGUGACCUAGUUUGGAAAAACUGGUGCUUUACCCACUGUGUCCUGCCCUGAGUUUACAGCUUUCAGACUACAAAGGUACUCACUCUUGAAUUGUUUGCCCCUGUUUUGCUCACUUCCGGGGUAAGAAGCAAUGUAAGAGAGAUCAUUCACUGCUCUUUGCAUUUCACAAACGUGCCGAUGAAGUUUUGACCUGGAUAUACCUCAAAGGAAAGACUGGUUGUGCUUAAACUAGACACCAAAGACAGCAGUGUUUCUGGUGAGCCAUACAUACUGCAACCAUCAGGGUAUUUCUCAGCGCUGUUUAUUUAUCCAACAGUGCUGAACAUUUGUCCUGUUAUUGACCUUGGUUUUUUGUACAAUUUAUAUCUUUCCCACUUUCACCAAGUGCCUUGCAUUUGUUAGUAUAGGAUGAGAAUAUUUAGCUAUAUUAUAGUAGCAUGAUAUAAAUAGUCUGGUUUUUAUAGAGCACAAACAUAAGGUUCAUGAAGCAAAACCCCCCAUUGAACUCAUGAAAAAACUACAUUUCCCAUUUUGAUGCUGUACAGAAGAUUACACCAAUUUUCACAGCAAAGUGACCCAAAAGUGAUCUUUAACUCCAAAGACUGUUAUUAUAAAUCCUCAUGGGAAACAUGAAUGGAAAAAAAAUCCUGAAUCUGCGCUGCUGAAAAAGCAUGCAGCACUAAUGCACUCUAUUAACAUUAUUUUCUAUUAACCAACUGUGCCUCCAUGAUGCUCAGGAACAUUCCAGAAGGAAGAAUUUAGCACCAAAGACAAGCUGAAUACGUUUUUCAGCAUGAUAUGAAUGUAAUGAUGUACACCUGUCACAUAAUAUGACAUCCAAGGAGGUUUAUGAGCCUUUUAAAUAAGCUUAUGCUAAUGAUAUUUUCAUUAGACUUAUGUGUUGUUGUGUGUAGUACCACAACCGGCCAGAAGAGGGUUUCGCUUAUUGAAUAUAGAUUUUAUUUUUAGUUUUGAACAAAUCCAUAUGCAUGUCUGAAUUUAUGAUUGUGUAUCUGAUUUAUAUUUUAAAAGUAGGAAUCAGUAUCUGAAAAUACAGAAAUUAUAUGAAUGUUAGUGUAGAUAAUAAAUGCAAGGGUUGUUUUAUAAGGAAACAAUGAAAGCACAUGUGCUUUCUGACAGCAAAACAGGAAAAAAUGAAUUCUUUUGUGAAGUUUGAUUAGUCCAUUGAUUCCACCAUUAAAAUAUUGUGCAAUUUUAAAAGCCCGUCCACAUCACUAAGUAUGACUGCACACUGUAAAAACCAUAAUUAAUUUUUAAGCUGAAUCAAAUUAACCUUGUUAGACAUUUGAACUCAUAUUAUAUUAAACUGACUUAAAUAUUAAGUUGGAACAUGAUUAACUUAGUUUAAUAAGUUACACUUAACUAAAACAUAGGUUGUCAUGAGUAAUUGAUCAAAUAAUUUUUUGGGUCACACUUUAUUUUGAUGGUUCGUUUGUUGAAUAUAAAUUAUAUUGCUUCUACAUGCCAACUAAUUAUCAUUCGAUUAUAAGUAGACUGUUAGGUUGAAGUUUGG